UCUCAUUUACAGCUAGCUGACUUGUAUCCUCUGCCUGAAAACAUGGUUCCCAGCCACAAAGUGCUCAGAAAGUCUUGCUUUGACUAUAUUCCUGAUCACCCACUUAACUCAGAUUUCAUUACAAGAUUGAAGAAUGCACUGGACGCUGGGGAUGAAGACACCACGAUGGAUUUGCUGUGCAAUGAAGUCAAGCAUGUGAAUGCCGUCAUAGAACUAUCCAACGAUGACUGGAUGAAGGCCCCAGAAGCUCAGCUGCACCCUCUGGUGUUAGUAGGAAACCUGAAGAAGCUUCAAUCCCUCAUUGAUCGGCACUAUGAAGAUGUCAAUGUGGUCUUUGAGAUCACUAAAAAUGAGCUGGAAUGGCAGGUGAAAAGCCAAGCUGCUUAUGGACUGUCAGGCCUGUGGUCUCUGGAAUACAAGAGGGAACUAACCACCCCACUCUGCAUCUCAGCCAGCCAUGGACAUACUGCCUGCCUUCGUCAUCUGCUAUUCUGGCGAGCAGACCCCAACGCAGCCCCCGGAGGGCGGAGUGCCCUACAUGAAGCAUGUGAUGGUGGGCACACAGACUGUGCAGAGCUGUUACUGGAACACAAAGCCAAUCCCAACCUUCUGAGGGAUGACGGUCAAGCACCUCUGCACCUCUGCACCAGCCAGAGUACAUUAGGGUGUGCCAAAGCUUUGGUGAGAUUUGGUGCCCUGGUGAACCUGCCAAGUGAAGAGUUGCAAGAAACACCUCUCCACAUAGCAGCUAAGCAUGGCCUUUAUGAGCACAUGCACCUGUAUUUGAGGUAUGGUGCUGUUGUGGACAAGAAGAACAGUCUGGAAGAGACAUCACUCAGUGUAGCUUGCAGAGAAGCAAAGAAAGUAGAGAACCAAGAGAGCUAUUUGCGAGUAUGCAAACUGCUGCUUACAUAUGGAGCAGAAGUAAACACUGUGGAUGAAGAAGUAAAGACCCCACUUCACAAAGCCUGCAGGAAUGCUCAUCACAGCUUGGUCCAGCUGCUGCUGCAGAGUAAAGCCGAUGUCAACGCCAUAGAUUACAAUGGGGCAUGUCCAAUGUCCUGUGUCCUACAGGCAGCAGCUUUUAAACAAGAGUUAAGGCCACAUCUCACAGUGCAGACCUUGCUAAACCAUGGCUCUCAAAAAAUAUGGCCUACAGCUUUUGUCAAGGUGCUCAGAUCUUGUGCUUCAGUGCCAGAGAUCAUUGAAAUCCUUUACAAUUCUUACCUUCACUUGCCCAUCUCUGAAAAGUGGGUGGAAACCAUUCCAAAAGAAGAAUUGCAGAGGCAUCUACCUUUCUAUGAAUCCUUCUUCAACCAGUUGUACACAGUCCGGCCACUGCAACAUUUGUGCCGUUGUGCUAUCAGGAAAAGGUUUGGCAGUAGGUGCCAUUAUCUCAUCCCUUUUCUACCGGUGCCCAAACCACUACAAAACUAUCUGCUGUUAGAACCUGUGGGAGUUCUGUUUUGAAGUUCCCAUGCCAAGUCUCACUGUUAUAUUGUGGUCCCCUCUGGUGUAUGAAGAUCGAUUUACUUGCGAAUAAAGAGGGUUUGCCAUUUCAAGUAUAAAUAAGUGCUUUCAGAAAUUU